CACUGUGUAACAUUACAGGGACCCCUCUUAAGAAAAAUGGAACGUGCCACUUCCAAUUAAUUGUUCUAACAACUGCUGAACAUCGCGACCAGCAUAGUUUGUGACAAACGUCAUCAAACCGACAACAUGAAGACGUUGGGCACACUUACGUUUCUGUGGAUGGCACAGACUGUGUGGUGUUACGACAACACGAGUUUUGUGGCAGCCGUGUACGAACAUGCCGUUAUGUGGACGUAUGACCUUAGCCAGCCCCCAACUAGGCAAGAAGCGCUGGACUUCAUGAAACAAAACCUGGACGUCUACCAAGUUCAGACAAGAGAAGCCAAGCUGCAGGGUGCGGACAUAAUAGUCUUUCCCGAGGACGGAAUCUACGGAUUCCAAUCACGAGAUGACUUAUAUCCGUACUUGGAGACGAUCCCCGACCCGGAAAAAAUUGUAUGGAACCCUUGCGACGAUCCCGGCCGCUUCAACGACACCCAAGUCCAGCGUGAACUAAGCUGCAUGGCCAAAGAAAACGACAUCUACAUUGUCGCAAACUUAGGCGACAAACAGUUUUGCGACGUUUCUGAGGACAGCUCCUGCCCUGCUGACGGUAGAUACCAGUUUAACACGGACGUGGUCUUCGAUAACCAAGGCACAAUCAUCGCCAGGUACCACAAGGAGCACCUGUUCAUGAACGAACUCCAGUUCAACCGUCCGCCGUCAGUGGAGUUCACAACUUUCCAGACCCUGUUCGGGAAGUUCGGUGUCUUCACCUGUUUUGAUAUUCUGUUCCACGACCCUGCCGUAGGUUUGGUGGAAGAUUACGGCGUGGAUACAAUCGUGUUCCCCACGGCUUGGAUGGACGUUUUACCUCUUUUCGUAUCCGUGGAAUUCCACCAAGCCUGGGCCAUAGGCAUGGGUGUCAACUUCCUGUCGGCUAACACACACGUCAUCGAAAGACGUAUGAGCGGAAGUACUAUCUCCACCCCUUCCGGUGCCGUUAGCUACUAUCACGACAUGAACUCGACUGAAGGAAGGCUAUUGGUCGCAGAAGUCCCCAUCAAACCAAUGAAAAGGGCCGUUACAACCACUGAGCUACCAAUCACAGAGCACGACACAGCUUUCAUUUCUGACUUGUUCGGUGACCCCUUCACUUUCGUUGAGCUGCAGAAGGAAAGUGACUACGUCAUUGUCUGUCAAAAUGGCUUGUGCUGUAGCCUAAAUUACACUAAAUCAGGAAGCUCGUCGGAAAUCUACGCUUUCGGCGCCUUUGACGACCUUCACACGAAUGAAGGACAAUACUACCUGCAGAUCUGCGCACUCGUCAAGUGCGCCGACUCGUCACGUGACAGCUGCGGCCAGCCGACCAGCGACGCGCAGACGACAUUCUCCCACCUCCAGUUGGCAGGAAACUUCAAGUUCCCUCACGUCUUCCCAGAGGUUCUGACGAAGGAUGUUGGUAUCGACCUUGCAGUGGGCGAAUGGAGUUAUGAAGACGGUACCUUAGUGAGCACAUCCGGGAUCUCCAAACCCCUACUUUCAGCCGCUCUAUUCGGAAGGGUGUACGAAAGGGAUGACGGGAAAUUCCAACAUGCAAGUGGCGCGAAGCAGCUCUACCCUUACCCCCUUCUGCUGUUCAUCAUAUUCUCUGUGUUACAGGGCAUCUUAGUCGAAUGAUUGGAACUGUAUAAGGAAAUUUGCUCUGCACCAGAGGCGUUGCCAAAAAGGCACCUACUGCACAAGGCUGUGCUUACAGAUGCUGUUUUUGAUUUUGUUUUUAUUAGCCAAAACUUGUAUUCAAGGAUUGCACUGAAGUUUCCUUGUGUGUGUGCGCGCGCGCGCGUGUGUGUGUUUGAUUGUGUGAGUGUGUUUGAUAGCGUGUGUGUGUGUUAUUGAU